UGUUGUGGUGGAACACCUUAUUGAGGAGGUUCUCGUGGUCAGUUAGGUGGUUCUUGUCAUCACUGAGGAGGUUCUACAGACCCUGUCGGUGGUCCUAGCGGUCACCGGGGAGGUUCCAGUGGAUCCUCAGAGGUUCUUGUGGUCACUGAAAACUGUGGAGUUCCUUUAGGUGAGGUUCUUGAGGUUCUACGGGUGGUAUUUGUAAUCGACGUUGCUCUCAUGGUCAUAAAGUUGUAGAGGUUCUAUAGGUGGUUGGUGGCUCUCGUGGUCAUUUCUAGAGUUCCUCUAGGUUGAUGUGGUCACUGAGGAGGGAGAAGAUAAAAAUAAAAACUCUACAGUAUGUAUGUUGUGUUUUGCUGCCAGUCACCAUCGGUUCAUUAUUAACAGGAUCUAAAGCAGGUUCUACUAGUCCCCUUCAGGAGGUCCCUUUAGUCUCCUCUGAUUAAUGGGGUGACCCUUUGGAGGGGCCCGACCCCCUGGUCUAGAACCACUCCAGUAAAGUCUGUAUAUUGUAACCUAAUGAACAGGACUGGUGUUAUAUUGUAAAAUAAAUAUGAAUAAAUAAAUACAGAUCAUUAUGUCAUGUUUCAUGGCUGUGUGUUUGGGGCACGUGCAGCAGCAGUCCGGCUCCUCGCGCUCCAGUCCGGGACUUCAGGUCUGAUGACAGAGACCGCUUCACCAGAGCAGCCCUCCAACAGAUCCCUCCGCGGGGUCAGACACACUUUUUACACUCACACAAACACACUGACUCAAUCCGCCAUUGACACACACACACCUGCGCGUUUUAAAGUCUCACUCCCGGUGCACGUCGCCUUUAUCCGGGCGCGAGAGAUAAACCCUGCCCGGUAAACGUUCCUGCUCCGGUACAGGAGUUAAUGUUUUCUGGGACCUACUUCUUCUCCUGCUGUCGCUGACAGGCGGUGCUUCGGUCGCUCCCAAACAUGGCCUCCAUGACGGAGCGACCGCUUCAACUUUAAUUUUUCGCCUAUUUUUCAGAGCAAAACCGUGUUUUUUUCCUUCCACGAGCACCGGGAAUGUUUCUUGGGAACGUAUCAUCAUGGCAGACGUGUGAAACAGAUGUUAUCUGUCGGAGAAGUUCGCUGUUGGCUGUAAACUGAUCGCUCGAAGUUGGCUGGAAAGCUGGAGAGGAAAAAGAGAAUUGCAUCAAAUCAAAUGCCAUCUGAGGCUCAGUCCCAGGAGCCUCGGGACAGAGGACCGGCCCCUCCCGUCACUCGGGCCGGACGCAGCGCUCAGCUGGCCAAAGUCGCCGCUACAAGCCCCGCCCCCGAGAGGCGGUCUCGUGGGCGACCUCGGAAAGAUGGGAGCAGCAGCCGCUCUGCGCCUCCCACCCCUCCUCCUCCUCCUCCUCCUCCUCCUCCGCCACCUCCUCCCAAAUCAAGGAAGAAGGGGCGGAGUCGAGGCCGGGCCCAGGUAGAGGAUGAAGAGAGCAUGGACGCCAAGGAGAGGAAAACCCUCCAAAAGACAGAGGUGAAGGAGAAGACAACAGGACGCCGUCGCUCCACCUCCAGGAGAAAAACCAAUGCAAACCCUGAACCCGACCCUGAACCAGACCCUGACCCCAGCCAGAACCCUGACCCUGAUCCCCCUCAGCCUGACCCCACGGUCCCAGCGUCAAGCCCAGAACCAGCUCCCAGUGCUGAGGAGGAGGACAGGACCAGCCCUGCUCCUGCUGCUCCGCUCCCAGCCUCAAGUCCUGGAGAUAAACCUCGAGUCAGUUCCCCAUCCCCAUCCCCUGCCUCCAGCCCCAGACCUGCCCCUGCUCCUGAUCCCGAUCCCGAUCCCGAUCCUGAUCCUGAUCCUGUGGAGGAGGACCGACCCAGCCUGAGCCAUAGCCCCAGCAUUGUUCCUUUGGAGACAGAGGGGGGCGGGGCCCUGAGUCCCUGCUCCAGUCCUCCGGUCUCCCCCUGCCCCCGACUGGAGGACGAGGACUCGCUGUCCCCUCUGUUCCAGCUGUCUCUGUCCGAGGACUCAGGGGGCUCGCCCACCCCCAGCCUGGGACACACCAAAAAACGUCUGAAGCAGUGUGCCUUCUGUUACCGUGGUGAAGAGCCACCCCUGGGCCAGGGCCGACUGGUGGUGUUCGGCCCGACGCCCGGCUACAUCCCGCUCCACAUCCUCAACCGCCGCGCCUCCUCCGACCGGGACAAUGACUGCCACGACCACUGCUACCGUGGCGACCAGGCCCCGCCCAUGUGCAGCAGUCCAGAGCAGUGUGAGGAGGAGUCUUCCUCAGAGUUUGUGGAGCAGCUCGGACCCGUUGGCCUUCCACAUGACAUCAACGUCCAAUCACUGUUCGACCCCACAGGUCAGUGCUGUGCUCACCUGCAGUGUGCAGCCUGGUCAGAGGGGGUAUGUCGCGGCGAGGGCCAAUCACUGCUCUAUGUGGACAAAGCCAUCGACUCAGGAAGCACGCAGGUGUGUGUGUUCUGCCGUCGGCUCGGAGCCUCGCUGCGUUGCCGGGAGACGGGCUGUAGGCAAAGCUUCCAUUUCCCCUGUGCUGCUGCGGCUGGAGCUUACCAGGACUGGACCAAGAAACACACACUGUGUACAAGACACACACACACAGUGUCCUCACAGUGUGUGUUGUGUACGAGUGGCGAUGAUGUCGGUGGUCUGUUGAUGUGUUGUUGCUGUGGUGACCGCUACCAUGGCAGCUGCCUGAACCCCGCCCUGGCCCCCUCCCCCCUAUGCCGGGCUGGCUGGCAGUGUCCUCAGUGUCGAGUGUGUCAGAGCUGCAGGUUGCGAGGGGAUGAUGGCGCGUUGCUGGUGUGUGAACGCUGUGAUAAAGCCUACCACACACACUGUCUCACACCACCUCUGGAUCACACACCGAGCACUGGCUGGAGCUGCAAGAACUGCAGAAUCUGCCGCCGCUGUGGUGUGAGGUCAUCAGGCCAGUGGGCCAAUCACCCGUUUCUGUGCAAGUCAUGUGACCCGGCCCUGCCCUGCCCUCUCUGUGACCAUGCCCCCGACCUCUACACACCACAGGACUAUCUGACCUGUAUCUGCUGCUAUAGGUGUGUCCAUACAGAGUGUAUUGUCCAGGCUGGGGAGGGCAGGGCAGGGUCUGAAGAUUACAUCUGCUCCACCUGCAGGCCUCAGAAGGAGGAGCCAAUCCCACACACUCCACUCGCACGCAGUCCUACCUUGGUCCCUCAACUAAGUCCCACACAGGCACCACCCAUAAGUGUUUCACAGCCACCAAUUCCAGGUCUCACAGAGGCUCCACCCAUCAGUCCAACAGCUCAUAGCCCAGUCCACCUCAUCCGCUCAGAGCCAGCCCAUAGUCCUACCAAGACCCCCUGUACGCCAUCGCAACAAAGUCUGGCUCUAUCUCAUGUUGAACCCAUAGGGCUCCAACAUAGUCCUGCGCCAUCCUGCCCUGAACCUACAGAGCUCCAACAUUGUCUUAUACCAUCCUGCCCUGAACCUUCAGAGCUCCAACAUAGUCCUAUGCCAUCCCUCCCUGAACCCACAGAGCCCCAACAUAGUCCUGCACCAUCCCACCCUGAACCCACAGAACCCCAACAUAGUCCUGCGCCAUCCCACCCUGAACCCACAGAACCCCAACAUAGUCCUGCACCAACCCACCCAGAACCCACAGAGCUCCAACAUAGCCCUCCACCAUCUCACUCUGAACCCACAGAGCUCCAACACAGUCCUGCGCCAUCCCACCCUGAACCCACAGAGCCCCAACAUAGUCCUGCGCCAUCCCACCCUGAACCCACAGAGCUCCAACGUAGUCCUGCGCCAUCCCACCCUGAACCCACAGAGCUCCAACGUAGUCCUGCGCCAUCCCACCCUGAACCCACAGAGCUCCAACGUUGUCCUGCGCCAUCUCACUCUGAACCCACAGAGCUCCAACGUAGUCCUGCACCAUCUCAUUCUGAACCCGCAGAGCUCCAACGUAGUCCUGCGCCAUCUCAUCCUGAACCCACAGGGCUCCAACAUAGUCCUGUGCCAUCUCACCCAGAACCCACAGAGCUCCAACAUAGUCCUGCACCAUCCUGCUCUGAACCCACAGAGCUCCAACAUAGUCCUGAGCCACCUCACUCGGAACCCACAGAGUUCCAAUAUAGUCUUGAGCCAUCCCACCCUGAACCCACAGAGCUCCAACAUGGUCCUGCGCCAUCUCACUCUGAACCUGCAGAGCUCCAACAUAGUCCUGCGUCAUCCCACCCUGAACUCACAGAGCUCCAACAUAGUCCUGCACCAUCCUGCUCUGAACCCACAGAGAUCCAACGUAGUCCUGCACCAGCUCACUCAGAACCCACAGAGCUCCAACAUAGUCCUGCGCUAUCCCACCCUGAACCCACAGUUGUUCAACAUAGUCUUUCGCCAUCCCACCCUGACUCCACAGAGCUCCAACAUAGUCCUGCAUCAUCCCACCCUGAAUCCACAGAGCUCCAAUAUAGUCCUGCGCCAUCCCACUCUGAACCCACAGAGCUCCAGCAUAGUCCUGCACCAUCCCGCCUUGAACCCACAGAGCUCCAACAUAGUCCUGCACUGUCCUGCCCUGAACCCAAAGAGGACCAACAAUGUCUUGCGCCAUUGCAUCCUGAACCCACAGAGCUCCAACGUAGUCCUGCACCAUCCUGCCCUGAAUCCAAAGAGCUCCAACGUAUUCCUGAGCCAACCCACCCUGAACCCACAGAGCUCCAACAUAGUCCUGCGCCAUCCCACCCUGAACCCACAGAGCUCCAACAUAGUCACGUGCCAUCCAGCCUUGAACCCACAGAGCUCCAACACAGUCCUGCACCAUCCCGCCCUGAACCCACAGAGGACCAACAAAGUCUUGCGCCAUCUCAUUCUGAACCCACAGAGCUCCAACAUAGUCCUGCACCAUCCCGCCUUGAACCCACAGAGCUCCAGCAAAGUCCUGCACCAUCUUACCCUUAUUCCCCAGAGCAACAAGAAAUUUCCACACCAUCUCAUGCUAAUGGAAAAGAGCUCCAGCGAAGUCCACCACCAUCUCAUCUCAGUCCCACAGAGCUCCUUCAAAGUUCACUACAAUCUUACUCGGGUCUAACAGAGCUCCUUCCAUCAGUUAGCCCUAAUCUCACAGAGCACCAGGAGAGCCACACCCUAUCUCAAGUUAGUCCAGCAGAGUUUCAACAAAGCCCCACCGGUGUGACUCCCUUGCAGGCUCAGAAGACUCAGCUCAGUUUUACUUCUUCCAGCUCUACCAAG